AAAAACCGAAAUCCCGUUGCGGGAAAGGCAGAAGGAAACAAGCUGGGAGUGCGGACGCAAUUCUCGCGAGAAGUAGAGCGUAGCCCUUGGAGAGGGGUGGAGGCGCAGAGGUGCACCACGUGGGGGUUCCGCCAGCGCGGAGUCGGUGUCGCUUAGCUUGGGUCUAGGUUGGAGCUGGAACCGUGGAGAUGCGGAAGGAAACCCCACCUCCGCUCGUGCCCCCGGCGGCCCGCGAGUGGAACCUGCCCCCCAAUGCUCCUGCCUGCAUGGAACGGCAGUUGGAGGCUGCACGGUACCGGUCUGAUGGUUCUCUUCUGCUCGGGGCCUCCAGUCUAAGUGGUCGCUGCUGGGCUGGCUCUCUGUGGUUUUUCAAGGAUCCGAGUGCGGCCCCCAACGAAGGCUUCUGCUCUGCGGGCGUCCAGACCGAGGCCGGAGUAGCUGACCUCACUUGGGUGGGGGACAAAGGUAUCCUAGUGGCUUCAGAUUCAGGUGCUGUUGAAUUGUGGGAGCUAGAUGAGAAUGAGACACUUAUUGUCAGCAAGUUCUGCAAGUAUGAGCAUGAUGACAUUGUGUCUACUGUCACAGUCCUGAGCUCUGGUACACAAGCCGUCAGUGGUAGCAAAGACUUCUGCAUCAAAAUUUGGGACCUGGCUCAGCAGAUGUCACUGAAUUCGUACCGAGCUCAUGCAGGACCAGUCACAUAUGUUGCUGCCUCUCCCCACAAGGACUCUGUGUUUCUUUCAUGCAGUGAGGACAGUAGAAUUUUGCUCUGGGAUACCCGCUGUCCCAAGCCAGCGUCACAGAUAGGCUGUAACGCCUCUGGAUUCCUUCCUACCUCCCUGGCUUGGCAUCCUCAGCAGAGUGAAGUCUUUGUCUUUGGUGAUGAGAAUGGAUCUGUCUCCCUUGUGGACACCAAGAAUGCAAGCUGUACCCUCAGCUCAGCUGUGCACUCCCAGUGUGUCACUAGACUGGUGUUCUCUCCACACAGUGUUCCCUUUCUGGCCUCUCUCAGUGAAGACUGCUCACUUGCUGUGCUGGAUUCAAGCCUUUCUGAGGUGUUUAGAAGUCAAGCCCACAGAGACUUCGUGAGAGAUGCUACGUGGUCUCCACUCAACCACUCCCUCCUUACCACAGUUGGCUGGGACCAUCAAGUCAUCCACCAUGUUGUGCCCAUAGAGCCUCUCCCGGCCCCUGGACCCGAGAAUGUUGCGGAGUAGAAUGGAUUUCAGAAAACAAGCUCUCUACUCGCAAGAAUCUACUUGCUUGCCCUGGCCUUCCGGUUGUGAGAGCACAGGAGCCUUGGAGAGCAUGUUUACUCCCCAGUCCUGUACAGUAAAUAGGCAGAUUCUCAGCUUGAGGGAGGCUGCAGCCGUGUGACUAGGAGGAAAGCUCCUUUAUAAGUGGAUGUGUGUGAGCACAACUGGAUGAGUGUAUUGAGUAUGGGGUGGGGGAAGUUACCCUUCAGCUUUCCCAAAGCAGUGCUCUUUAGAAGUGUUCCUGUUUCUCAAGUCCAAGAAUUGGCUAUAUUGUUUGGGUUAUGGAAUGUGGGUAUUCCUAGAUUUUCUGACUCAGAGAUGGGGUAACUUAUUUUUAUAUACAUUAAAUAAUUCAUUAUUAAGGGAAAUAGUUCCGUUCACAGAAGUCCAGCUCAGUGUUCCUUGAGAAGACACAGAAAGUACCACAAAUUUCUGUUAAAGUGAAUCAAAUUCAUAUUUUGGGUGAAUAAAUUUAGCUGUUGCAAUGUA